UAUCUAUUCCUCUCCUUGUUCCUUUCGCUCAACUGCAGCAGAUAAGUGCAAAGCUUGUAAUUUUUAGCAACUCAACUCAUACUCCCAGAGGUAUGUCCAUGUUUCUUCCUUUUCUCUUAGCUCUUCCUCUCUUAUUUCUUGUGUUCCUUUCACUGAAGAACAUCAAAAAAGGUUAUGAAAAGCCAAGAAACAAUAAAAAUCUUCCACCAGGUCCUCCUAAACUUCCUUUUAUUGGGAACUUACACCAAUUUUCAACUACUUCAUCCCUUAAUCAUCGAAGGCUGCACCAGCUUUCUAUGAGAUAUGGUCCGCUYAUGUCUCUGCAACUUGGUUCCAAACCAACAGUGGUGAUUUCCUCAGCAAGAAUAGCAAGGGAGGUCCUGAAAACUCAUGAUCUCGAAUUCGCCAGCAGACCAUCCUUUGUUUGCCAGCAAAAACUGUCUUAUGGAGGCCAUGACAUUGCUUUCGCGCCCUAUGGUGAAUGCUGGAGGGAAUUGAGGAAGAUAUGCAUUACUGAGCUGUUUAACACCAAGAGAGUGCAAUCCUUUCGGUGCAUAAGAGAGGAUGAGAUUUUUCAAUUGAUCAAGUCGAUUUCCGGCCAGUUAGCCGCUUCCUCCAGUACUCCUGUCAAUUUGACAGAUGUCGCACUUGCUCUUUCAAAUAACAUCAUCUGUCGGAUUGCUUUCGGCAAGACAUUCCAGCAUGAAAGUUGCUAUAAGUGUUCUUUUUCUCAACUCCUCAAGGAAGCUCAGGCCUUGUUCGUUAGCUUUGCUUUCGCUGAUUACUUUCCAUCUCUAGGGUGGGUGUUUGAUAUUCUGAGCGGACUACCUCGUAGACUCGAGAGGAACUUCCAAGGCUUGGAUUUGUUUUACAGCCAAGUCAUCGAGGAGCACCUUGAUCCUAAGAGGCCGAAACCUCAGGAAGAAGACAUCGCUGAUGUCUUGCUUCGAAUGCACAAGGAUCACUCAAGCUCGCUUCAUCUCAAAAUGGAACACAUCAAGGCACUGUUCAUGAAUAUUUUUAUAGCUGGAACAGACACAACCGCUGCAACCGUGGUUUGGGCAAUGUCGGAGCUAGCUAAGAAGCCGAUAGCGAUGAAGAAAGUACAGGAUGAACUCAGAAGUCUUGUUGGAAAUAAAGGGCACAUAGAUGAAGAUGAUGUCAACCAACUUCAUUACCUCAAGUAUGUGGUGAAAGAGACAUUGAGACUUCAUCCUCCGACCCCUUUGCUGCUUCCACGUGAAACAAUAAACCACUGUAAAAUUGAUGGGUAYGAUAUUUAUCCCAAAACUCAGGUUUUUGUGAAUGGUUGGGCAAUUGGGAUGGAACCCGAAAUAUGGAAGAACCCAGAAGAGUUUAUACCAGAAAGGUUCAUAGAUGGGUCUGUUGAUUUCAAGGGUCAACAUUUUGAAUUUAUACCAUUUGGAUCAGGUCGAAGGAUAUGCCCGGGGAUGCAUGUCGGAGUUGCUACUGUGGAGCUUAUCCUUGCAAAUCUUCUGUAUUCAUUCAACUGGGAACUUCCUGACGGGAUGAAGAAUGAAGAUAUCCACAUGGACGAACUACCUGGUAUUACAGUAAAAAAGAAAACUCCUCUUCUCCUUUUGGCCAUCAAUACAUAUAAUGAAUUUUGAUGGGCGCUUCUUCAAAUAUAACUAAUGGUAGAUUUGUCAUUCUUGUUUUCUGCAACUGGUUGUGUGUGGAGAGCUUUCUCCAAAAAGUUGUUAUACAUGCAUGGGGUUUGCUCCACCACAGGGGUUUUAAUUAAUAUUAUAGUAUAAUUUGCAUUAAUUAAGCAUUACAUGAACAUGAAUGUUGAAGCCGAAUGAACUUAUUCUUCCAUAAA